AUGAAAUUGAAACCAGAGCAUCCUUCCAACACCAACAAUGGGAUUAAUUCCCUACGCCCACAACUCUCUUCUUCUUCCCCACCACCACCCAAUUACAAGCCUUUGUUUUCUUCCCUGGUUCCUCAUUUUGAUCCUCAUCAUCAGCAUCUUCAUCUUCAUCAUCACCAUCAUCAUCAACCCCUUCAUGGGUCCCAUUUGAAUCUGAAUUCUCAUUCUCAUGAUGACUUCAAAACCAGUUCUGAUCAUAUCAAUCAUUUCUCUACCAUUGAGGGGUCUUCAUCAAACCCCUUCAGUGGGAUUUAUUACAACACAAAUCCUCAUGAUUUUGUGGCUGUUCCUCUAGCACCUGAUGGUAUCGGCUUCCAUGGUGCUCGGGGGGCCUAUUGGGGUGCUCAUCAUCAUCAUCAUCAUCAUCAUCAUCAUCUGGAUGGUCAGGAAAUUCCAGAUGACCAGGCGCAGAUGGGCCCACAAAGCUGCAUACAACUUCCGCCGUUGAUCAAUUUUGGAGAAUUCGGAUCAUCAUCGGCUAUGGACAUAAGUUUGCCUUCAGAUGAGGUCACAUGCAAUAGCAGCAGCAGCACAGAGACUGAGUUUUGCAAGAGACUCUCAGCUGAUGAUCAGAAGAAGACCAAGAGUUUGUGUAUGAGAAGACCCACCAGUAGUAAGGCACUGCAAAAGAAACCCACCAUCAUCAAAGGCCAAUGGACCCCCCAAGAAGACAGACUUUUGGUGCAAUUGGUUGGGAGGUUUGGCAUUAAGAAGUGGUCUCAAAUUGCUAAGAUGCUGACUGGGAGAGUGGGAAAGCAAUGUAGAGAAAGAUGGCACAACCAUCUGCGGCCUGACAUUAGGAAAGAUAUGUGGAGCGAAGAAGAAGACAAAAUACUCAUCGAAGCCCAUAAGCAAAUCGGUAACAAAUGGGCGGAAAUUGCGAAGAGGCUGCCGGGGAGGACCGAAAACACAAUCAAGAAUCAUUGGAACGCAACAAAGAGAAAGCAAAACUCAAAGGUAACCGGGGUUGAGGAAUAUCGGGGCAGCAGCAUGGAGGCUGAGAUGCCGUUGGCGUUGGAGAUUAAGAGCCUGAUGCAAGGGCCUGAUGAUGACCAUGUCAAAAAGGAGAUGGAUUUGCUCGAGAUGAUUUGCCAGGGAAAGCUUUAG